CAAAUCCCAUUCUUUACAAUAAUAUUAUGACAUAACCCCAUUAAUCACUCCUUUUUUAUAACACAAAUCAUUUCCUUCUUCAAUUUCAAAGGCAAUAAUCACACCAUUAGCAUAUAACCAUAGUUCAUCACUAAGCUCAAAAAAACAAAAAAACACCUCCCUUAAUCUCCAACUUCAAUCUUAAUUUGACCGUUGUGGACUUUCCUCUCUAAUAACACCGUGUUUGGCUGUUGUGCACCUCUCAAAUAACACCGUGUUUGGCGAUUCACCUCUCUGAAAAUCGAAAAGUUCUAUUAGGGUUUUCGAGAUGGCGCAAUCGAUGAGCAGAGGAGGAGGAGGGAGGUGUGUAGUAGGUGACUAUGUAGUAGGUAAGCAAAUCGGCGCCGGCUCUUUUUCGACGGUGUGGCAUGCUAGGCAUCGAAUUCAUGGAACCGAAGUGGCUAUAAAGGAGAUCGCUACAGCGAGGCUAAAUAAUAAACUUCAAGAGAGUUUGAAAUCGGAAAUUGUCAUUUUGCAGAAGAUUAAUCAUCCUAAUAUUAUUCGCUUGCACGAUAUGAUCGAGGAGGUGGGAAAAAUAUAUAUUGUUUUGGAGUACUGCAAAGGAGGUGAUCUUUCUAUGUACAUUCAACAACGCCAAGGGAAAAUUCCAGAAGAAACUGCAAAACAUUUUAUGCAGCAACUUGCAUCUGGUCUAAAAAUUCUCCGCAACAAUAAUCUAAUCCAUAGGGAUCUAAAGCCUCAGAAUCUCCUCUUAUCCUCAAACCAUGACCGCUCCACCUUGAAGAUUGCUGAUUUUGGGUUUGCAAGGUCUUUGCAACCUAGGGGUCUUGCUGAAACACUUUGUGGUUCACCAUUGUACAUGGCUCCAGAAAUAAUGCAACUUCAGAAGUAUGAUGCUAAGGCAGAUCUCUGGAGCGUCGGUGCCAUCCUGUUUCAGCUUGUAACUGGCAAAACCCCGUUUACUGGAAACAAUCAAAUCCAGUUACUCCAGAACAUAUUAAAGUCGACUGAAUUGCUGUUUCCUCCAAGUGCAAAAAAUUUAAGCCCGAACUGCAUGGAUUUGUGUAAAAAAUUGUUGCGCCGUUAUCCAGUGGAGCGGUUGACAUUUGAAGAGUUCUUUAACCACCCAUUUCUUGCACAGAAGCAGCCAGAUGAGCUAUCUUGCAGGGAUACGAGACCUCAAAGGGUAAUAAGUGGUUUUCCUAUAUCAGAAGGCUAUCGCGUGAGGAGCACAGAGGAUGCUUUUCAAGAAGAUGGUUUACCCUUUCGUCUAGAUGAUGAUUCCAGCGUUCCUGUUGGUAGUCCUUCAUUUGCUGGGAGAUUACCACAGAGGUUGUCAUAUGUUUUUUCUUGUGAUGCAAAAGCUGAAAGGAAGGAAGUUACUAGUAGUACCCCACGCAAAACAGAUAGUAUUGACUCUAGCCACCGGCAGUCAGAAAAGAACCUGAAGGAAUCUAUUGAUCUGAAGGACCAUAGACAAGCAGCUAAUCGUUCAAAAGCGGUGGAUUCAUUUGAGUUGAUUGAUCAGGACUAUGUCAUUGUUUCUGGCCCCCCCGUGGACUCAUAUUCUUCAGCAAGUGCUUCUAGGCUUAGCAAUAUGCCAUUCAGAUCAAGCUGUUCCCUGCAAGCAUCUGCGAGUGUAGGUCCUAGACCAAGUGACCCAGUGCCUAUUGUGGGUCCUCCACUUAGCAGCAUAGUCCAUUUAGCAAGUUUGGAAAAUCCCCCAUCUGCACCUGGAGCUUCACAAGUAUACACCGAUAUAAAUUGUUUGGAGCAGCUGCCAACUGAUGGCAUGGCCAGAAUAGAGUCCCUGCAGCGUUCUGCCUCUGCUAUCAUGGAAUUAGUAAAUGAGAAGGUUGAGGCACACAAGCAUCUGGAAGCAUUUUCAAUUCAGCUAGUCAUUCUUGCUAUAUGGAAGCAAGCUUUGGAUAUUUGUCAUACACAAGCGGCAUCGGCAAUUGAAGGAAGUCCAAACCAAGAAACGAUCAGAUCAAACGAAAUCAUGAAGAAAGGUCAAGUUAGUCUUUACAUAAAAGAGCAUCUUGAUGCUACUAACAUGUUGGGGCCGGAAAAUGUGUGCUCUCAUAUUGAAAAAGCAUUUCUUGGUGAAGUUGGUAGUGCAGAGGAACUUGCCAAACAUAUAGAGCCUGGAAAUACAGAGGUUCCAGAUGCGAUGGAAAUGAUAUUUCAAUCUGCCUUGACUUUUGGUAGAAAGGGAGCUGUUGAUGAGUACAUGGGUCGGACUGGAGAUGCAGUUAAGUUUUAUUCAAAAGCCGUGCAGUUGUUAGCAUUUCUUCAAGUGGAAGCACCAUCUCUGAUUCUAAACCCUCCAUUUUCUCUAACAAACUCAGAUCGUUAUAGGCUUCAAAAUUACAUUGAUGUCCUUAAUAACAGGCAAAGCAUUUCAAGGUCUCAAAUGAUGACUCUGCUCAAGUGUGAAGAUCAACACUGCUCUCCAUAAGGAGCAGAGAUAGAGCUGUCAAUACAAAACAAUGAUAACAUGGGCGGAUCUAUUAAGAGAGUUGGGGGUGCCACGCCACCCGCAAACUUCGACGGAAGAGCUCUCUAUAUACAUAUAUAUACACGGAUAUAGUCAAAUAAUUAACAUGCCACCCCCAAGACUGAAGUAUUGUUUGGUCGAAGUGGUAGAGUGUCACCUCCGCUGGCAGCCUUACUUUUUUCCUUAAUUUUAGGCUGAAGUUAAGCCACAAAUAACUACUAGUUGAGAAUCCCUUUUUUAUAUAUGUAUUAAUAGUAUUUAUAUUGAAUUUUUCUUUUAUUUUUCAAAUAUUAAUAGUUAAUAUUUGUAUUAAAAAGUGCAUAAUUUUAUUCUCUCUCCUCAAAUUAAAAAAAAAAACUAUUC